CAAGCCCGAACGUGACAUACGCUUACGCUGUAAACAGUGGCGAUGCGGCAUAUGCUUGUUAAUGGCGGGCAGCUACCGCUCCUUCCCCCGGCCCUGCCUACCCAGCCAGUACAUCUACAUCCCGUAAUUGCGCAUCAUCCCGUUCUCACUCCAACACCCCUUGUUCCACAUAUCAACGCACCAGAUGAACUACGAGUUCCAUCUCCAGACGACGACGACGAAGAAGAAGAAGACGGAAACCAGACAAUUGUUGUCCCAAAUCUUCCUGAGCCUGAAAUCCCCAAACCGGGAGCGAAUAAUAAACAUCCGGCAGACGUACCGCGCGGCGGUCUCCCGCUUCCCGAAUCUGCGUUGAUCCCUCAACUUUCUACCAACCCCUGGACGCAAUCGGAUCCUUCUAUCUACCAGCAAAUGAGGACAAAAUCUCGGGCAGCGAUCACCAUUCUCUCAGCUUUAAUCGCUUAUGUCUCUAUAAACAGCCUGGCUAGGGCUCUUAACCCUUCUGCUUUCAUCUGGUAUGAAGAGGAUAGGGAAGAAAGUGACUGGGUUUCGACUUCACAUUCCUGGUGGGAUCGUAAAGCAUGCCGAUGGCUUAGUCUGUGUGGAGCUACUCACUUUCGACUAAGGGGUCGUUUUGGACCUCGCAAUCCUAUACAGGAUGGUGAUGACGGAGAGCAGGAGGAGUGGGAGUCCUAUUGGAAGAACGGAAAUAAAACCCGCCCUGAAGAUUGGACCAACGAUGAACGCCGUUUGCGCACGAUCCCCGAUUAUGUCCUGGAAUAUGCACCCCUAGUCCACCUUUUCUCUGAAGAGCAGUUUUGGCCCAGUGAUAUUGCGAAGCAUCUUUACCACAUCACACCAGAAUUGAAUUACACUCCUAUUCAGGCUCAAGCGGAGCAUCCCACCCUCGCUAACCUCAGUGAGUUUAACAAGUAUCAGGGUGGAAAAUAUGUAUUCUUGACCAGUAAGGACAAUGUGGAGGAUCGACCAUCUUGGCUGGGGUCGGAGGAUAACAUCCCAAAGCCUGAUGAUACAGAGGACGAAUUGGAGUGGCAGAGUGGAAUUUAUGAGGUGCAAGAAGAUGUGCCGCUCGAGGAAAUGGGGGACUGGUAUGAUGCAAGGAAUGGCAGUCCUCAAAUGGAAGGAGGUGACGAAACGCACCACGGUUCGCUUUCGCAGGCUCCUCUGGCGGAGGGCGUUGACAGAUACGAUUUUAUGGAUGAUGGAGCAACCCCACGGCCAGAUAAAGGAGGUAUACGUGACGGUGUGAAUGACAAGCCUGGCCGUAGCAAGGCACCAGCUGUUUUGAUCGUCGUGGAUAAAGGCCAUGGCAUUGUGGAUGCGUUUUGGUUCUACUUUUACAGCUUUAAUCUCGGCAAUAAGGUUCUUAACAUCCGUUUCGGGAAUCACGUUGGCGAUUGGGAACAUUCACUUGUUCGGUUCCACAACGGUACUCCAAAAGCUAUCUAUUUUAGCGAGCAUUCGUUCGGGGAGGCUUUUAGCUAUGAUGCUGUAGAGAAAAUGGGAAAAAGGCCUGUUAUAUAUUCAGCCUCUGGGACACACGCCAUGUACGCUACACCAGGCACCCACGCCUACAUUCUCCCCUGGGGAUUGCUGCAUGACCGAACUGACCGCGGCCCACUUUGGGAUCCCGCCCGCAAUUACCACGGCUACACAUACGAUCAUAAUAACGACGUCUUACGUGCCUCAACCGUCAACCCCCAGUCGCCAACCGCAUGGUUCUACUUUGCCGGCCACUGGGGCGAUAAGUUUUAUCCCCUGGGUGACCGGAGACAGUAUAGGUUCGUCGGGCAAUACCACUAUGUGAACGGCCCAUAUGGCCCGAGAUUUAAGGAGCUCGGCCGUGAUAAGAUAUGCGGAGGUGCUACGACUGAUCCAUGUGUGAUUAAGAAUUGGAUUGGAGGUGGUGUGAGAUCGAAAAGGUGGGUAGAUGUUGGGGAAGGGGAGGAACUUAGAGACGAGGAUAUAGAGAAGGUUUUAGAGAGGAAUGGCGCGACGCCGUUGUGAAAUGGAGUUUAUUUCUUUCUUUCCUCUUUUUGUUUUUCAGUAAGAUUAAAAUGGAUAGACAGGAGGGUUGGCUGGGUGCGGCGUUUGUGGGGGAACAUGGGACUCUUUAAUGGGGAGUUUUUAAUGAUUGUUAUAUUCUGAGCUAUGAUUGCUGUGGGUUUCUUGUCUCUGUUUAUUGCAAUUUCCCCUGGAGGAAGAGGAUGAAUGAGGAGGCGUCUCUUGGGACAUAUGCUUUUUUCUCUUCUUUUCUCUGCUUUUCUUCUCUUCUUCUUUUACGAGUUCUAUCUUAUUAUACCCCUGAUUAUUUCAUUUUUAUCCCGGGCGUUUUUUCCAGUAUUGGUUAACAUGCCACCAGCUUGUAUACAUACAAUACAACAUAUAGACAUACAUGAUCAGGGCGUUAGACGGUGGGAUAGAAUAAGAUAGAAUGGUAAAUUGGAAUCGGUAGCAUGGUUGUU